CUGAUGAAGCUCCGAAUCAACCAGGAGCUAAACAGGGUGUAGGUUUGGUCUCAUUUUAACACAGACACAAAACCGUCCACCAGCUACACCACCACCUCGUAUGACUGACUCGUUGCAUCCAUGUACCUGAGACGCUUUAUCUAGGGUCCGGCUCCUUCACUUUUCUCCUAAAGAUGAAACUAAAUUGUGUUAUUCUUUCACAUCCUGAGAUACAAGUUUUCCUCACAGUGAUGGUGAGGAGAAAACUCCGUCCAAAACAGAAGUUCUCAGCGCACCACCUAUAUGUUCAGCGGACCACCUAUAUGUUCAUGUUUUAAAUUGGUUUUCCCCACAUGGUGAGAAACCAGCUGAGGAAAAACUUUAUUAUUGAGGUCUCUGUACACGUGAAGCUCGAGACUCUUGUGAUCAUACUUAGCAGAAUGCUAAGCUAUUAGCCACAUACAGCAAAGAUAGUUUGUUGAUAGGUGUUAUGGUCGCUGACCGGGGCUUUCCCCAUGUGAGAGAGCUCUUUCUCCUCUUGUGUUCCAAGUCUGCCUCACAAGCUGCAGCUGAGAUGUGGUGCAGCUCGUCAGCCACUGCAUCAAGACUGCUGCCUUAAAACGCCACGCCCCUUUUUCCUUUGCUUUUCUCUGCGCGGUGGGCUGCAGUGUCUCGGGCAGCGGGCUGUAGCUGUGUGAAUUUAUGAAAAAUGGUGUGACCUUGGUUUUUCUUUUUUGUGAGUAAAUGUGUGCCUUUACUGAGAUAAUUGUGAACCACAGUGGAUUUCGGGCCUAAUUGGUUCAUUUGGUUAAUUGUGAAAUAGUUUUUUACUGACGUCAACUUUGUGGCAGUUAAUAGUUUUCUUUUCACUUUGUGUCACACCCCACCCCAGAUACAACCUUGCUUUUAAGUAGGGUGUAACAAUAGGCAUCAUUGGAAAAGGAAGCAGCUCACCUGUCCAGGAGAAGACGUUUAAUAAUUUGUUUCUUGACAAAAUUGAUGAUGCAUUGUUUUCCCAUAAUUACAUUGAAUAUUACACCACUCCUCUGAAACAUUAUACAGAACAAUUAUUUGCACUGCUCUCAUAAUUAAAUUAAGCUGUUAACACUAGGUUUACUAUCCUGCGCAAAUUUGCGUAACUUCCCUAAAGCCAACACCCCCUAGAAUUACUGGCUUUUUUAUUUUCUGGUGCAAGUCCCGAGGUGUUAAGCACCCCUGCUGAGAUUUUCACAGGUCGUCAGCUUGUUUCGCCUACAGCUUUUGUUGUGCAAACCAGUUGCUCAGAUCCAAGGCAGGCCAAGCCUCUGUGUUACAACUUUCAGAAAUGCCUGGUAGAAAUUCUUCAACUUACUCAUGAGAUUUUGACCACAUUUCUUGCGGAAGUCACAACUAUACUGAAUGCAUGACCGUUGUUGCCAGCUGCAAGAAAUGCUUGUCCAUUCACACAUUCAUCUGCAACCAAACCAGACAAAUUUGGGAUCAAGUUCUGGAUGGCCACGGAUUUGGACACCAAAUAUGUCUGCAGUGCAUCUCCUUACUUGGGAAUGGACCCCAGUCGUCAGAAGGGAGAGAGGCUGGCAGAGAACGUGGUCAUGAAACUGAUGGAGCCGUUUUUGGAUGAUGGGAGAAACGUCACAACGGACAAUUUCUUUACUUCACUGUCACACAGACUGCUGCAGCGCAAAACAACGUUACUGGGCACGGUGAAUAAAGUCCGGUGUGAACUUCCUCAACUUGCAAAAGAUACUGCAAAGCGAGAGGUAUUCUUCCACUUCAGUGCUUAGAAGUGGCAGUGUCUCCUUGACAAUUUAUGCACCUAAAAAAAACAAGACUGUGUGUGUUCUAAGUUCCAUGCACCAAGACGUGACGAUCGGUGACGGCAGAAAGAGGAAACCCAACACGAUAACAGACUAUAACCACAUGAAGUGUGGUGUAAACGUGUUGGACCAAAUGGCACGGAUGUAUUCCGUAAGAUCAGCAACACGCAGGUGGCCAGUAGCGGUUUUCUACAAUAUGCUGGACCUGGUGGCAGUGAAUGCCUACAUUUUGUACAAGGCAUGUACAGGGUGGACAGGCAAAAGAAGAUUGUUUCGGAGUCUUCUAGCUCAGCAACUUCGUUGCCGAUUCAUGCAGCACAAGGAAAUAGCACAGAGGCAGGCUGGUGUCUGCAGCCAGACACCAGGGGACGAUAGAGACAUUUUGGCUUCUUUUUUGGGGAGCUGUGGCGUCGUCCAUGUUUUCUACAGUCAAUGAUCGAACUACGGCUGAGAAGCAUGGAGAACGUGUACGUUACACUCUACAGUUGGUUUGCGGUUGCUAUGGAAAAUGUCCACAGCAUCGGCGUCAUUGGGGGCGAAAACUGUCUCAGAUCAACACAGCCCUGCCCUCCAGCACUAUCAGCAGCAGGAGCAGCAGAAAACCUCAACAGCAACAUCGUACCCAUCAGAUCCAGCAUGUGGAGCCAGUCAAUCCAAUAACAUGGACAAGUACGAAAAGGUGAAGAAAAUUGGGGAAGGUUCAUUCGGAAAGGCUAUCCUGGUCAAAUCCAAAGAUGAUGGACACCAAUAUGUCAUCAAGGAGAUAGGAGGCAUAUCUGGAAUGUCCAGCAAACAGAGGCAGGAAUCUCGAAAGGAAGUUGCUGUUCUUGCCAGCAUGAGUCAUCCAAACAUCGUCCAGUAUAAGGAAUCUUUUGAAGAGGGUGGCUGUCUGUACAUUGUGAUGGACUACUGCGAGGGUGGAGACCUAUCCAAAAAGAUCAAAUCUCAGAAAGGGGUACUGUUCUCAGAAGAGCAAAUCCUAGAUUGGUUUGUGCAGAUCUGCCUAGCGCUCAAGCAUGUACACGAUCGAAAAAUUCUCCACAGAGACAUAAAAUCACAGUGUGGUAUGUUGGAGCAGCGGUUUAUCGGCAGCUGAGAGGAAGAGGUUGGAUAAACUCAUCAGGAAGGCCAGCUCUGUUCUGGGAUGCACCCUGGACCCAGUGCAGGUGGUGGGAGACAGAAGGACUUUGGCCAAAAUAACAUCUCUGAUGGACAGAGUCUCCCACCCCAUGCAUGUAAAUGUUGCUGAACUGCAGAGCUGCUUCAGUGACAGACUGCUGCAUCCUAGAUGCAUGAAGGAGCGUUUCCGCCGGUCCUUCCUCCCUACAGCUGUCAGACUGUACAAUCAGAACUGCUCCCAACAAACACAGACGUCUACAUCAGCGCUGUAACAACUUCUACUGUUAUAACUUGCACAUUACUUUUCUCAGCUUAUAUAUACACUAACUUAUUGGAAGUUACAUGUCUACUUUUUAAUGCACAGGUACAAUAAACAAUCUGCACUUUUCUAAUUAUUCUAAAUAUUCUUAACUAUUUAAACAUCUUUCAGUAUCCUGCUCUGUUUGCACACUAUGUGUACGCUAAUUUAAACAACUGUACAGUACUCUGCUCUGGUAACUAUUGUCCAUGAUGUAAAUAUGUAAAAAAUUGUGCUUCUGUUCUGUGUCCUGCUCUGUUUGUAUAUGUGUGUUUUUGCUGCUGAUACAACCAAAUUUCCCCUUGUGGGACAAUUAAAGGAUUAUUCUAUUCUAUUCUAGAACAUCUUUUUGACAAAAGAUGGAACAGUUCAAGCUUGGAGACUUUGGAAUUGCAAGGGUGCUGAACAGCACUGUAGAACUGGCAAGUACAUGCACAGGAACAUCAUAUUACCUGCCACCAGAGAUCUGUGAAAAUAAACCAUACAAUAACAAAAGGUACUUGGACUUCUGGAAUAUCGUACAUUGGUUUCUAGUUGUCAAGCAAAUUCAAUAGUAAUCAAUAAGACAAGGUGUCUACCCACUGAAUCUUGAGUCUGCAGGAUUUAAAAACGAGGUUAAGAAAGCUUUGAAAGAAGACUUUUCGGAGUUUAAAGGUGAAGUUAUGCAAGAACUCCAGAAUCAAAAAACCAAUAUAGCAGAGGCACAAACCCGAAUAGCUGACAUGGAGUCGGCCUGCUUGGAGAUGAAAGAAACGCUGCUGGCGGUGGUGAAAGAAAACUCGCAGAUGCGGGACAAAGUUAUUGAUCUUGAGAGCCGCUCAAGAAGAAAUAAUAUGAGGAUUUAUGGGGUGCCGGAGGGAAAAGAAGGAAGAUCUAUCACUGAAUUUGUUAACGAGCUGUUUAAAUGCCACCUGAUCCUGCCAGAGGGACUCGAGCUCCGUAUCCAGCGGGCACAUAGAGCAUUGAUACUAAAGUCGCCUGCUGUCUCUUGCCCGAGAUCAAUAAUUGUUAACUUUCUGGAGUUUUAAGCUAAAGAAUUGGUCUUAAGGAAAUUAUGGCAACAGAAGAUUGAGAUUAAAGGCAAAAGACUUUACUUUGAUAACGACUACGCAACAGAUGUUAUGGAGAAGCGUAAGGCAUAUGGGCCCAUUAAAGCAGCUCUGAAGGAAAAGGGGAUUCGAUACCAGACACCCUAUACCAAGAUGCGGGUGUAUUGGGAAACCGGUCUGGUGAUUUACAACACAGCAGAGGAGGCAGCACGAGACCUGAAUCGACGUGGACUCAAGGUGAAAGUGACGACAAAAGCGAACCUCGUAGCGGCUGCAGAGGAGCGACUGAAUGCAGCGCUAUCAUGGAAACGUACUGUCACCACUUUAGGUAGUCCAGCUCAACGUGCGAGGGAGAAACUGUCAGAAUUCAGACGAGACACAGACCAACAGAACUACAAUGGAUGAAAGGAUAUAGGCUACGUUGCUGGGUGAACUUGAAUAUAAUUACUAAUUUCUUACUUUAAAGGAGAUUUACUUUUGUAUUGUAGAGUAUUUGCUUAAAUAUAUCAAUCUGCGUCAAAUGAAUUAUAGUGACUCACGACUUAAGUUUAAUAGGAUAGUAAAACCGAUGAGAGGGAGUGUUUUGUUUGUUGCAACCACCAAAUGUUGGACAAUUCUAGCAUUUGUGGGUUUAUUCUCACAGCUAGGGAGGGCCCCCACUAUAGUGAGGCAAAAACCCCUCCUCCCACCAACAGGGAUUAUAUAGGAUGGAUGAGUACAUCCUUUUUUUUUUUUUGAAGUCACAAUGUUUAGUGUAUAAUUGUUAUUUUUUGUUUUUGUUUUUUAUGUUUGGAGUUGGACCGCAA